AACCUGUUAGAGACUGUCUCAGCCUUUCUAGUGAUCACUGGUACAAAGAUCUACCUCUUGCUCUAGCGGAUUGCCAUCACCUCGACACGGACAUUACAUGCCAAACACUCUCUUUCCGGCCGUCUUUCUUCAUGGUGCGACUCAACCAUCUUGUUCCUUAGGAUGAAGAUUGCGAAGAAGUUACAUUUUUCAAUUGUUGUCACAGUGGUGCACUUCUGCAUUGCAGUCACAUCACAAGCUGACUUCGCUCCGUAUUUCUACGACAACGGACCCUACAUCCAGAAUGGAAACCUGGCUCUGUUCAGCCUCUCUGAGGACACAGCAGUCGGCACGCAUAUCUAUUCUCUCAACGGGACAGACCCCGAGGGCCAGGAGGUGAGAUACGGCCUUGCCUUUGACCCCGGCUCCAAACAAUACUUCAGAGUGGACCCGGUUUCUGGGAACAUUACUUUGGUGGAGAAGCUGGAUCGAGAGAAACAAGACUCCAUCGAUGUUCUCGUCAGCAUCACUGAUGGAAGAAGCAAGGUGGUGGAACGAGUCACGGUGUUUGUGAUGGAUGCCAACGAUGAAAAACCAGAAUUCCAAAAUAUGCCGGCUAUUGUCAAUGUACUAGAAACUGCCCAGUCCGGAAGCAGCCUCUUCCAGGUCCAGGCACUGGACAGAGACACGGGCUCCGGGGGGUCCAUCAACUACUACCUCCAGGGGGCUCAGUCCAGUCUGUUCUCUAUAGACAGACAUAGUGGGGUCCUCCGCAUCCGAUCCGGAGAGACCCUGGACUACGAGAAAUCCAAAACACACUUUGUCACGGUGAUCGCCAAGGAUGGCGGGGGGGACUUCAACGGCAGGGAGCAGUUCAUGUCGUCCUCCGCCUCGCUGACCAUCAACGUUGUGGACCAACAGGACACGCCCCCCUCCUUCAUCGGCACGCCCUACUUCGGGUUCGUCUACGAGGUCUCGUUGCCCGGCUCUGAGGUCUACAGGGUUUUGGCCAAAGACGGAGAUGCAGGGAACCCAAACCCUAUCGUUUACUCCAUGGACGACGGAGACGACGGUGUGUUUGGCAUCAACAAGACAAACGGCCGCAUCACGCUGCUCACUCAGCCCGGCAAUCUGAAGAGAGAGAUCUUUAACAUAAUUGUUCGGGCCUCAGAGGUGGGUGAGAAUGGCAAACUGCUGGAUUACGGGACGACCCCGGUGGUGAUCCGCGUGGUGGACCUGAACAACAACCCGCCCACCUUCUACGGGGAGCACGGCCCCCAGAACACCUUCCAGCUGACCAUGAACGAACACCCCCCCGAGGGAGAGAUCCUCAGGGGCCUGAAGAUCACCGUCAACGACUCGGAUCAGGGGGCUAAUGCUAAAUUCAACCUGCGGCUGAUUGGUCCGGGUAGAAUGCUGAGAGUCGUCCCACAGACGGUGCUCAACGAGGCCCAGGUGACCAUACUGGUGGACGACUCUUCCUCCAUGGACUACGAGAAAUACCAGUUCCUCACCUACAAGCUUCUGGCGGUGGAGAUCGACACACCAGAGAGGUUCAGCGCCACAGCCGACAUCAUCAUCCACCUGCUGGACACCAACGACAACGCUCCCAAGUUCUCCUCCGACUACUACAUAGCCAGGAUCCCCGAGAACUCCCCCGGAGGCUCCAACGUCGUCUCAGUGACUGCUACAGAUCCAGACUCGGGUCGAUGGGGUGAAGUUAGAUACUCCAUUUAUGGCUCUGGAGCUGACCUGUUCCUGAUCCAGCCGGCAUCGGGCAUCAUCUACACCCAGCCGUGGGCCAGCCUGGACGCGGAGCUGCGCUCUAAGUACAACUUCUACGUGAAGGCGGAGGACACGGAGGGGAAGUACAGCCUGGCGGAGGUGUUCGUCACCGUGCUGGACCUCAACGACCACUCGCCCGCCUUCAACCAGAACCUGCUUGAGAAGACCAUGGUGAUCGGAGCUCCCGUGAUGAUACAGGCCGUGGACGAGGACGCGGAGGAGCCCAACAACGUCAUCGAGUACUCCAUCAUGAAGGCGGACCCCGACAACAUCUUCGACAUCAACACGUCCACGGGGGAGAUCGUCCUCAAGUCCUACGUCAAGUCCAUGGCCAUCGUCCAGAACAUCACCAAGCAGAAGGAGUGCAUCUGGUCUGUGGUGGUGCAGGCCCGCGACCAGGGCCAGCCCUCCUUCAGCACCACCGCCGUCCUGAAGAUCGACAUCACCGAAGCCACCCAACUGGGGGGUGGGCCUCUGUCUACGUUUUUAAUGCAGAGUAGAGACAAACCGUUGCAAAUCCUGGCCAUGCUGGCCGGGGUGAUUGGCACGAUGGUCGUAGUCACGGUGACCAUCUCCACCGCCACCUUCAUGCGUAACAAAAGGUCCAACCGCGUGCUUCCCCACCGCCGGGUCAGGCGCCGGCCGCAGAAGCCCAGCCAGGGCUGGUCCACCUGGACCCUCCCCCGGCCCUUCGGCCGGGGGUGGGGGCGGGGGGGCGGGGGCGCCCCGGCGGACAAGUUCUCCGUCUCCCGGGGGGAGGAGGAGGGGGUGGAGGCGGAGAAGGUCACGGUGGAGGUGGUGGAGAACAUCAACUACAACAACAACGUGACGGUCGGCGACGCAGGCUGGGUGGGUUUGGGGUCGCUCAGGCCUCUACCGCUGGCCCAUCCGCCGCCCCCGUGCGCCCCGGCGCUGCCCCCGCCCGCCUCGCAGUACCACUGGGCGGUGCCCACCGUGUCCGGGGGGGUGGCGGUGACGGCCAAGGCCAAGAGGAAACAGAGGAGCAAAGAGGACCUGAUGAACAAGGCGCUGGUGUCUGAGCUCAAGAUGAGGCUGGAGCAGAAGAGACUGCAGAACCAAUACUAGCGACCGGGGGACACUGUGUGUGUGUGUGUGUGUGUGUGUGUGUGUGUGUGUGUGUGUGUGUGUGUGUGUGUGUGUGUGUGUGUGUGUGUGUGUGUGUGUGUGUGUGUGUGUGUGUGUGUGUGUGUGUGUGUGUGUGUGUGUGAGUGAGAGAGGGGGUGUGUUGGGGAGGCAUGGGUUGGUAGGAGUUAGUGUGUUUCGGUUAUGUUAUUUGUAUCUCAUUUUGAGAUUUGUUUGUAUAGUUUUAAAAAGUGAAAUAGAUUCCAUACCGACUUUCAUACCAAAGUGUACCAAACAUUUUCAUUCAUAUUUCUCUGCAUUCAUGGGUUUUUCAUUCAAUGUCGUUUGUAUUGUAUUUUGUACAUUGCAUUGUGUUUUCUUUUUCAAGUUUGAUUAUCAAUCUGUCGAAAAUUUGACACGUUUUUAUCUGAGUGGAACAGGUUAAAAAGAGGAAAAUGAAAUGUUCCAUUUGACCACGGUUUGAGAUAUUACCCUCAGGUCUGGUUUGAUAGACAAGGGAAGCAUUCUUUAUUUAGCUUCUUGAGGUUGUUGACCAGAUCUUAAGCUUGAAGAACGAAGCCAAUUAGGAUCAGCUGCAUGACUAAUAAAGUUUGAAACUUCAA